AAAGUUUGAAAAAUGGCGGACGAAAUUGUGUUGAGCUUCCAUGACAGUCUUCUCAAAAAAUCGGACCUUAGCUUGCUCGAGGAAGGUCGUUGGCUGAAUGAUAGACUGAUAGGAUUCGUAUUUGAUUACUUUACUCAUAACAAAUUUAAACAGAUAUCAGAUAUUGCGAUCUUUAUCAGUCCUGAUGUCACGCAGUUUUUGAAGCUUGGGGGAGGCCUUGAAAUUGGUAUUUUUCUGGAACCACUUGAUCUUCUGAGUCGAAAGCUGAUAUUUUUUGCCGUGAAUGACAAUGAUUCCAGACAUUCAGCAGGGGGAUCUCACUGGAGCUUGCUGGCUUACUGCCGAGAAACAAACAGUUUUCACCAUUAUGACUCAUCCAGUUCAUUUAAUACUUCAGCUGCUAGAUCUCUCGCACAAAAUGUGGAACCUUUUUUACACUGUAGAUCAGGACAAAACCCAAGCUUCAAGGAUGACAGAUGCCCUCAACAACAAAAUGGUUAUGACUGUGGUCUAUAUGUGGUUUGCAUCACUGAACAACUCUGCACCAACUUUAUGAACAAUGUGAAAAUAUCUCUGAGUGAUACCUUAACUCCAGAAGACAUUAGGAAGAAAAGAAAAGCAUUGAAGGAACUUGUGCUCAGUCUUGGAGAGAAGAAGACAUGAUUCUGAAAUUUGCAGCAAGGAAAUUUAGUGUAGCUUUCCAAUGGAAGUAUUUAGCUUCAAAGUGAUGAUAAAAUACCACCCACAAAAUGGAAAUCACCUCUGAAAAAAGCAGAACAUAUAAUUAAUUAUACACUCGUAAGAUAGUGGAGGUCUUUCAGCAACACAAACUUUAGAUUUCUCAAGAUUCCUCCAAAUGCAGUUUGCAUCCUGUUGGCUUAUUACCAUAUCUCAAAUACAUUUUGCUAGUAAUUUUUCAUGGGAAUUUGAGAUAGCAGGCAUCUUGGGUUAGGGAAGGAGAGGUUAGUUAGUCAGUUUUUAGGUGAAGGAGUGCUGUGAUGACUUGUAAAAACUCUGACUCUGUUUGGAACCAAGAACAUGGAGAGAGACAAAAAUAAAUAAGUACCCUGUGUGGGACAAAGCCCUCUGUUUUUUAACCUUGUUCAGGUCAAGGGCAGAAAGUGUCUUUUAAGCAUUGUAAAUAUGAAUUGUAAUUCAUACUUCCUGAAAUGUUUCUGGUCUGAACAAGCUAUACACUAUCUAUGACCAGUUCUUGUCAAAAGAAAUAUACCUCUUCUUCGACCAAAGGCAUAGAAUGCAUACUUUGUUGAGCCCCUGACUCGUAACCCUUUCACUCUUAAGAUCUCAUUAGUAAUUCACCUUACACUCUGCCGUACAAUUCUUAUGAUGUUGGUGGGGAGAAUUUGGUAUCAGGUCAACUGAUAAUCACCUAAUUGAUAUUUUUCUUUCUCAUCACUUGUCUGCUUGAUAUUGUAAGGAGAAAUUCUGUCUUGAUCACUCAGCCUUUAAGUGUCAAGUAACUCUUGAAAGGAUACCUCCUUUCUCAGGGUACUGCUCUCUUUUCUUAGUUAUCUCAGCAGGAGGUCUGUCAAUUCUCCAUAAGUUCUUUGUACAAAGUCUGUCACAUGGAAGUUUACUUCCAAGAGUUUGGCAUCAAGGCUCAUUUUGAUUUGAUUUUCUGAUUAAAAGCAUGGUGCUGACAGAUA